AGGUGUGUUUUUAUUUGUAGUAGUUGGCUUUAUCACGUCAUUCAGUGAAGACAGGCAAAGGGAAGGAACGCGGCUUUGCCCGAGGUUGCUGAAGGGACCCACUCUGAUCACUUCUGCCAGACCCACGGAGCCUUCCAACGCAGCUUAGGGCAGACAGGCCGCUGGGGUUGUCGCUCCAACGGCCCGGCCAGGAGCAGUUUUGAGAAUUCCAUUAACCCUGUGUAAAUAGAAUGGAGAUUGCCUCUAUCCGUGUGUAUUCAUAAGCCAUCCUGAAGUGAGCCUUGGAACCAAGAAAACGAAGGACAGCCUUGGACCAUUCAUGCAUAUUCAGCCAUCAGCUUCACAGGAUGGCAGCCAUAGAUUUGUCCCAUGGAUUCAGUGACCUUUGAUGAUCUAGCUGUGGACUUCACCCCAGAGGAGUGGACUUUACUGGACCCAAUUCAGAGAAAUCUCUACAGAGAUGUGAUGCUGGAGAACUACAAGAAUUUGGCCAUAGUAGGAUGUCAGCUCUUCAAACCUAGUCUGAUCUCUUGGUUGGAACAAGCAGAGUCAAGGACUGCACAGAGAGUUCUUCAUGAAUGGAAAGUGCAACUUAAAACUAAAGAGUUGGCACCUCAGCAGGAUUUUUUGUGGGGACCAGCCUCCAAUGGGAUACUAUUGGCAGGAAGCCACAGUGGAGGGGAGCUUAGCAACUCUAAGCAAUGUAGAGACAUCUUCAGUGAACACUCAUGCCUUAAAACACAUGUGAGAACUGAAAAUAAUGAAAAUGUAUCUGAAUGUAAUGAGUAUGGAUUAGACUUUAUUACUCUGCAUAAGAAAACCUCUACUGGAGAGAAACUUUCUGUGUUGAAU